AUGCUUUCGAAGCGUGCUGCAUACAACUUUCACAUAGGGAGUCGUCGUGUUCACGGAAACAGGGCAGAGGAGGAGGAGGAGGGGAGAGGGAAAACGGUUGGAGGAGCGGUGGCCGUUGGUGAACAACCGAUCAAAGGACUUCUAUCUCCAGCUGCCGGUGCCAGGAUGACCGUCGCCGAGACGCUCACCAAUCUCCUGGCUGCUUGUAUCACGGACCUCAGAGAUGUAAAAAUGUCCGGAAAUUGGAUGUGGGCAGCGAAAUGCGAAGGCGAAGGAGUACGUCUCGUAGAAGCAUGCGAUGCGCUAUGCAAGGCGCUCGCCGAUGUCGGAUGUGCUAUUGAUGGCGGAAAAGAUUCGCUAAGUAUGGCUGCUAAGGUGGACAAUGAAUUAGUCAAGGCUCCAGGCACCUUAGUGCUGUCUGCCUAUGCGCCUUGUCCUGACGUAAUGAAGACCGUUACUCCAAAUUUCAAAGGACCACGAGAAGGCUCAUACUCGACAAGUAUCAUUUAUGUUCGUAUGGGAAGCGAAUUUUGUCGGAAUAGGCUGGGAGACGAUCCGGCAGACAUCGAAGACAUGCCAUUAUUGGCUCGCACAUUUGCAGCUAUACAAAAAUUAAUCGUCGAUGAUGUCAUCCUUUCAUUGCACGACGUAUCCGAUGGCGGUUUCAUAGUUGCAUUGCUGGAAAUGGCAUUCGCCGGAAAUGUUGGGAUCCGAGCCGAUAUCAGAUGUGAAACAGAUCCAAUCACUUUCUUAUUCGCUGAGGAGGCUGGCGUAUUCCUAGAGGUUGAGCACGAACAUUCAGCUGCAGUGAUGAACGAAUUCAGAGGACAUUCGAUGGUUGUCGGUGAAGUGUUUUCGACCUAUGGGCCCGGAGCAAAUAUUGAGAUUCGAGUAAACGGAGGAUGUGUUGUGAACGAAAGUCUCGUGACUCUACGUGAAGUCUGGGAAGAAACGUCAGAUCGUCUCGGACUAAUGCAAACCGAUGCCGCAUGUCUCCAGGAAGCUAAACAGGUCCGAUCAACAACAGAACUGAUUGCUUAUACUGCUCCAUUCGAAUGGGGUCCAGUUCUAGUAUCGAAUUCUGCUCACUAUAUUACCUCAGCACCUCGAGUGGCGAUCAUUCGCGAGGAAGGUUCGAACGGUGAUCGCGAGAUGGCGGCCGCGUUUGCAAUUGCCGGAUUUCAACCACACGAUGUUACCAUGACCGAUUUGCUUGGAGGACAUACGCUUGAACAAUACAGAGUUGUGGCCUUCGUCGGAGGAUUUUCAUAUGCAGAUGUACUUGGUUCUGCCAAAGGAUGGGCAGCCGCGAUCCGCUACAAUCCAGUGGUUCGUCUCGAGUUUCUCCGUUUCCAGCAUAGACGCGACACGCUUUCAUUCGGUGUUUGCAAUGGAUGUCAACUGAUGGCUCAUCUUGGAUGGAUUGGAGAAUACGAGGGCGCUCCGUCAGUUUUCCUGGCUGAAAAUCGUUGCGGACGAUUUGAAUCCUCCUUUGGUCCUGUUCGAAUUGAACAAUCUCCGUCAAUUUGGUUGCGAGGCAUGGAGGGAGCGGUGUUAGGUCUGUGGAGUUCUCAUGGGGAAGGUCGGUUCACCUAUCGUUCAUCGAACGUGCUGAGCGCACUACGUAAGUCUCAUCAGAUUGCUGUACGAUAUGUCGACAGCGAAGGACAGCCGUCCAUGAAAUAUCCGUGGAAUCCGAACGGUUCCGAGGAUUCUGUGGCGGCAAUCUGCAGUGAAGAUGGCCGUCAUCUGGCUAUGAUGCCUCAUUCCGACAGAUCGUUCUUGUCCUGGCAAUGGCCAGACUACCCCCGUGAUUGGGUGAGCGAAGACUGCGCCGCGCCAUGGUUGAAAAUGUUCCAGAAUGCCUAUUCGUGGAUCCAAGAAAAUUAG